AUGUAUCUCACACUCGGACUCUUCAUCCUUCCUCUCGCAGUCAAUGCCGUCAAUAUCGUCCUAUCCAACGACGAUGGUUGGGCUGAUUCCAACAUACGUGUUCUCUACAGAACAUUGAAGGCAUCUGGCCACGCUGUUCUUCUCACCGCUCCAGCUAUUGAUCAAUCUGGCACUGGGUCUUCAAUGAGUCCUCCUGCUUCGCUGGAACACCAAUGCCAGUACCAUACAUGCCCCUUCGGCAGCCCUGCAACGGGAAUGUGGCAAACUGAUCCCAACAUCACCUAUGUAAAUUCAUUCCCUGCUUCAGCCAUGGAUUAUGGAAUCAACAUUUCUGGACCCGAGCGCUUUGGUGAAAAGAGGCCUGAUCUGGCUAUCUCUGGCAUUAACAAUGGCAACACAGACAACUCAGGCAUCGCCGUUCCCUUCUCCGGCACCGUCGGAGCCGCAACCCACGCUUCGAUCCUCGGUAUCCCAUCCAUCGUCUUCUCCGGCCAGACCAACCACCGCCACGCCUGGAAAGCCAUUCCACCCCUGCACUCCCGCCUCUACUCCGCCCUAGCCACAAACCUCACAAACACUCUCCUCGCUUCCGGCCCACCUUACCUGCCCCCUAAGACAUUUCUGAACGUCAACUUCGCUGCCGCAGACCCUGGACUUUGUGACCAAGAGAGUAAUUUCCGAUUUGUCAUGACGAGGCUGUAUCCUGCGUUUCCGGGGUUGAGUGGGAAGGAUAUCAGUGUAUGUGGAGGUGAUCAGAGGUUGGUAACGGAGGAGAAAGUGCUCAAGACGCAGGGGUGUUGGAUCAGUGUUAGUUUGGGCAGGGCGGUCACGAAGAGAGAUGCGCCGAUGGAGGAGCAGAAGGUUGUGUAUGAGAAGUUGAAGAGUCUGUUCGUUUGCUUGCCUGAUGGGCAGUGA